AUGUCAUCUGGUGACAAUAAUUCUCCCGGCGGCAGCGGCCGUCCACAGGCCGUCUCCCGCAAUAACACCAACAAUGCCAGUGGCCACAACAACCACGCCCCUGCGAACCCGAGCGGCCUGAGGAAUGUUGUCGAUCCUUCCGAAGACACCAGCACUACCGAAAACCAGAGCAGCACCGAUAACAAUGCAGACGCCGGUCCCAGCGAGCAAAGAUCGCCUACAAGACAUGCCGCUUCCGAAACAACCAGCCUACUACGUGGCGUCCACGACCACCAUAAUCCCCACGACGGGCAAUGUAACCACGGUACCUUCUCCCCUCGACCGUCGAGUCCGACGAGCAUCCUCUCUUCCGAACCCUCUUUCGCGACGUCCGAGUCGUCAGCCUCUCGCUUGAUUGAAAACUUCCUCGGUACCAUUACCGGCAAUUCAAACGAUCCCGACUGGCGACGGAAGUUGGCACGCAGGAUCAGGAGCAAGAAGAUGCACACGUCCCAGGAGCUGGCCCGCGAGCACGGUAUUCGGGAUUCGCCGCUCAUGUACCUCUCCUACUACAUACCCUGCAUCACUUGGAUGAGUCAGUACAAACGCUCGUAUCUCAAGGGCGACUUGAUCGCUGCCGUCACCAUUGCCGGAAUGUACUUGCCGAUGGCCCUGUCACUGGCCGACAACCUCGCCCACGUCCCGCCAAUCAACGGCCUGUAUGGCUUUGUGUUCCAGCCCUUUGUAUAUGCUCUCCUUGGCAGCUCUCCGCAGAUGAUGGUUGGUCCCGAGGCCGCAGGGUCACUUCUGGUGGGAAGCGUUGUCAAGUCAACCCUCGACCGCACGUCUGGGACUCCGAGCUCUAUGGGAGGAGGAGCCGAGAACGAUGCCGAGUUGCAGGCUAAGGUUUGCGGCAUAGUGGGCGGGAUCGCCGCUGCUACCGUCUUCAUCGCGGGUCUGACGCGCCUCGGAUUUCUCGACAGUGUGCUCUCGCGGCCCUUCCUCCGGGGUUUCAUCUCAGCCAUCGGCGUCGUUAUUGGCGUUGACCAGCUGAUCCCCGAACUUGGUCUUAACAAGCUCGCGGCUGCGACCCCUGCCGUCGGGCACGGUAGCAGUAUGGAUAAGCUGCGGUUCAUGUUUGACAAUCUCGAUCAAGUUCACAAGAUGACGGCUCUCGUGGCUGGCGUGAGCUUUACUGUCAUCAUGAUUGCGAGAGAAACGAAACGGCGUCUCCAACCCCGUUAUCCAGGCGUCGCAUACAUCCCGGAUCGGUUCAUUGUUGUUGUCUUGUCGGCAUGGCUUGCAUACUAUUUCGAAUGGGAGAAGCACGGCGUUCAGAUCUUGGGCACCGUCAAGGCAGCUUCGGGUCGCCCUUUUGCGUUUCGCUGGCCUUUCCAGCCCUCUCACGUGGUACAGAUUCGUGAGGCCAUGGGCACCUCGUUCCUCCUCGCUAUGUUGGGCUUCUUUGAGUCGUCAGUAGCGGCCAAGAGUCUUGGUGACCAGACCAUAUUCCCGGACAUCCAACUGAGUCCGAACAGGGAGCUCAUCGCACUCGGCGCUGCCAACCUUUUGGGUUCUUGCUUCAUGAGUCUGCCGGCUUUUGGCGGCUAUGGCAGGAGCAAGGUCAAUCGUCAGACUGGUGGCAAGACACCCAUGAGCUCUCUUUUUGUCAGCUUCAUUGCUCUGAUGGUUAUCCUCUUUGGCCUGCGGCUAUUCUACUACCUGCCUAAACCGGUAUUGUCAUCCCUCAUCAGCGUGGUCGCCUGGUCCCUGAUCGAAGAAUGCCCGCACGAUAUUUACUUCUUUCUCCGCAUCCGUGCGUGGCAGGAGUUGUCACUCAUGUUCCUCAUCGUAUUGACAACCAUUUUCUUCUCCCUUAACAUGGGCAUUGCCAUUGGAAUUGGCAUCUCUCUGCUUCUUGUGAUCCGAAACUCGACGCAGCCGCGCAUUCAGAUUCUCGGCCGGAUCCCUGGAACCAACCGCUUUGAAAAUGCCGAGGCUCAUCCGGAGAGACUGGAGUUUGUCGAGGGUUGCCUGAUCGUCAAGAUUCCGGAGCCGCUCACCUUUGCCAACACAGGUCAGCUCAAGAACAGGCUGCGCCGCCUGGAAUUGUAUGGUACCAACAAAGCGCACCCGGCGUUGCCCCGACUGCGGGCCCAGGUUGAGAACAGGAACGUUGUGUUUGACGUCCACGGCGUCACCAGCAUGGACGGAUCGGGAACGCAGGUACUCGAGGAGAUCGUCAGGGGCUACCGUGACCGCGGUGUCCGGGUUUUCUUCAGCCGCUUGCCGUCGAAGGACAGCCCCGUAUGGAAGCUCAUGGAAAACAGCGGCAUCGUCGAAAUGGUUGGCGGGGUCGAUCAUUUUGUUGACGACGUGCAUGAGGCCCUGCGGUUGACCGAGGGUCCCGAUUCUGGAGAUCUUGCCGGGACUUCUUGAAGAAGCGUUGACCGAGUUACUGGUUCUCUCUCAGGACUGACCCAGAAAAAAAGAGCGAAAACAAGAAUACAUAAUAAUGCAUGUUACUGGAUUUGGGAGAUUGAGCGAGAAGAAAAGAAAAAAUAGCAUAGAUUAGAAUGCGGUUGGAGAUACCCUGGAGGCUGUCAGCUCUAGUGUUUGGAUAGUUAGGUCAGCAUUGUGAUUUUGUUUUAGGAUUAGCGCUUGCUUGUAUCAUAUAGACGAUGGAUUACAAGAUCAUAAAAAUUACUGCCAUUGUACUUAGCCCAUAAAACGUA